CUUGGGUGUCUGUGUGCCUCACUCUAGGUGGAAGUGCUCUCCCUUUUCUCGGUUCCUCUCUCCUCUCUCGCGAGCCGCCGUGGAUCAGCUCGUCGCCUUGGCCCGUCUCGCUUCGGCGCUCCCUCGACGCGCGCUCCGGGCCUGGACUUAUCGGGGGGAAUCUCCAAUGUCUACGUCGGCGCCCCGGAUGCCACGACGGCAGGUGGGGGAAACGCCAUCCAGGGAAAUGGGAUUCCCGUACAGAUCGCACGCAGAGUCCAAGGUGGGGGGGCGUCCCAGCAUGCCACUCAGCCGGGGCACCAUCGUCGCCGCUGACGAGCAGCCGCACAUCGGCCAGUACCGACUGCUGAAGACUAUCGGCAAGGGCAACUUCGCCAAGGUCAAGCUGGCGCGGCAUGUGCUCACUGGGAAGGAGGUGGCUGUGAAAAUCAUAGACAAGACUCAGAUGAACUCAUCCAGUCUACAGAAGCUCUUCCGUGAAGUCAGGAUCAUGAAGCUGUUGAAUCAUCCCAACAUCGUGAAGUUGUUUGAAGUGAUCGAGACUGAGAAGACGCUGUACCUCGUAAUGGAGUACGCCAGCGGAGGUGAGGUCUUCGAUUACCUCGUCGCACACGGGAGGAUGAAAGAGAAAGAGGCCAGAGCCAAGUUCCGACAGAUUGUGUCGGCCGUUCAGUACUGCCACCAGAAGUACAUUGUGCACAGAGACCUGAAGGUGAAGAACCUGCUUCUGGACGCCGACAUGAACAUCAAGAUCGCCGACUUCGGCUUCAGCAAUGAGUUCACGCUGGGGAACAAGCUGGACACCUUCUGCGGAAGCCCCCCCUACGCCGCCCCCGAGCUCUUCCAAGGCAAGAAGUACGAUGGACCCGAGGUGGACGUCUGGAGCCUGGGGGUCAUUCUCUACACGCUGGUCAGCGGCUCGCUGCCCUUCGACGGGCAGAACCUUAAGGAGCUGCGUGAGCGAGUCCUGCGGGGAAAGUACCGGAUUCCCUUCUACAUGUCCACCGACUGUGAGAACCUCCUGAAGAAGUUUCUCAUCUUGAACCCGAGCAAGCGCGGCAGCCUGGAGCAGAUCAUGAAGGACCGCUGGAUGAAUGCAGGUCAUGACGAGGAGGAGCUGAAGCCUUAUGUAGAGCCGACGCCCGACUACAAGGACCCCAAGAGGACAGAUAUCAUGAUGCAGAUGGGCUUCUCCCUCGAGGAAAUCCGGGAUUCCCUGAUCAGCCAGAAGUAUGAUGAGGUCAUGGCGACAUAUCUGCUGCUGGACUACAAGAAUUCAGAGCUGGGCGAGGGCGUGAGCCUGCCACUGAAGCCCCGCCCGGGGGCGGAGCUCACCAACAGCAACGUCCAAUCGCCGCCGCUGAAGGUACAGCGCAGCGCCUCAUCCAAUCCGAAGCCCCGGCGGGCUGGCGAGCAAGGUUCUUCCUCCUACUCUAAGCGUUCCCAGGGCGGCGACAAGCACGCCGCCGAGGAUUCUGGGAGGAAAAGUUCCAGCAGCUCAGCCAAAGUGCCGCCCAGCCCUCUCCCCUCAGGGAAGAAGAGCACCCCCACGCCCUCCACAAAUAGCAUCCUGUCGACCGGUACAGCCCGAAGUCGGAACUCGCCCAUCGCGGAGAGAGCCACCCUGGGCGUCCCGAAUGGCAAGGAGAGCGGCCCCCAGAGGAUGCCGGCGGCAUCACCCUCCGCACAGAACAUCAGCAGCACCACGGUGACCAACUUCUCCAGAGGGGUGGCUAUCCGAAGCACUUUCCACGCCGGCCAGCGGCCUACGCGGGACACUCAGAACCCGGACUACAAUGGCCCCCCUGCUUCCCCCUCCCUGUCCCACGGGAACAGCCAGCCCCGACGUCCAGGGGCCUCGGGCAUCUUCAGCAAGUUCACCUCCAAAUUUGUGCGCAGAAAUCUGUCCUUCAGGCUACCGAGAAGGAGUUCACACGAGGGAGAAGGUCGGCACGAGUCCACCAGGCCCAUGCUCAGCACAGCUGAAAAGAGCGAAAAAGGGGCGGGCGGCAUGCACGGCCCCCCUGGCGACGAGAACAAGGACUCGCUGGCGCCCCCAGUGGGCGGCCCGGUGCACAACCCGGGUCCCAAGCCGCGCUCGCUACGCUUCACAUGGAGCAUGAAGACCACGUCGUCCAUGGAGCCCAGCGAGAUGAUGAAGGAGAUCCGUAAGGUGCUGGACUCCAACAGCUGCGAGUACGAGCUGCGCGAGCGCUACAUGCUGCUGUGCUUGUCGGGCGAGCCGGCCAGCGACGACUACGUCCAAUGGGAGAUGGAGGUGUGCAAGCUGCCCCGCCUCUCGCUCAACGGCGUGCGCUUCAAGCGCAUCUCCGGCACCUCCUUCGCCUUCAAGAAGAUCGCCUCGAAGAUCACCAACGAGCUCAAGCUGUGAGGGUUGGGGUGGGGGGGGGCAGCCAGGGAGGAUGGAAGGGGAGCUGGAGGGAAAGACAAGGAACAGACCGACCAUGUGCUGGAAGUGCAGAGAGCUGCCUACAGGGGGCGGUGUUUUGUGGGGGUUCCCACCGCGCCCCCUCCCCCCCGGUCUCCCCCAUUGCUCCAG